GGGCACGCUUUAUAAAUAUACAAAAGUAAAUGCAGUGAUUUACAAACACAAACCAAAACCCAAAUGCAUAUAUCGACUGUACUUAUCUUAGCCUGUGCCGCUGCAGUGCACUGCCAAGGAUUCGGGUACGAUUUCGUUUUUCCAAACGGUCCUGAUCAGCAAAAUCAAGGUUUCCAGGCACAAUACGUAGUUGGCACGAGGCAAUUUUCAAACGGACCCGUGGUCGAAGGAUUCGGAGGAUAUCAGGGAGGAUAUAAUCCGGGAUAUUCAGGUGCGGGUUUCUACCCGCCAAAUGGCCUGAAUAGCGACGUUGGCACUUAUUUCCGCGCGGGUCCACCUCAAGGCGUGCAAGCUGCAGAACAGGGUGCAACAAAAGGGCAGGGAGGAGGAGAUUUUUUGCAUAAGUUAUUUAAACUUCCACUUGGCAUUAUGCAAGAGGUUAUUAACGGUUAGGUAUUUAGAUGAAUUGUAAAUUUGUAGUUCUCAUGCUCAUCGCCCAGAAUGAGCUCAGAAUUAUAGGCACCACAACAUAAUUUGUGUCUUUUGUCGUUUUUGUAUAGUGAUCCAUAAAUGUUUACAAGAAU